AGAAAACUUCGACAGUCGAGAUGUUAUCAUUUGACUAAUUAUGAUGUGAAUGACGCCAAUACUGUAGCUGCCUGCCUCAGCAAAUAAUCCAAAAAAAUCCAAUCUUCCCUCUCUUCCAACGAACGGCUCUAAACAAUCCCAACAACAAGCACACAAUCCCUUCUUUCCCUCUCUUUUAACUAGACAAGCAACCGAACUUUCUACAAGCUUCACCUGACGGACAAUUUGAGGCCUCCAAUCCCAGCGGGGCCAUCUGCUUAACUAAUGACCCGGACCCGACCUAAAUCCAUCGAAACGGACAACCCGCCCUCGAAACCCACCAGAGCCACCGGAAUGAGACUCAUAGUGCCACUUCAAGGUGUCGUCCAAGGCAGAGGAGGCCUGAUAUUAGGUUCUCUAAUUCCUUGCGCUCUCUUCUACUUCCUCCAGCUCUACCUCAAACGUUAUCGUUCUCCAAGCUCCUCGAACCCUCCGUCCCCUUCCUCUUCAUCUCCAAACCUUGCGGAAAUACCAAGGUCUUCUUCACGGUCCAAUUUGUCGAGCAGAGGGUCGAUUGGGCGGGUUCGGGCAUCCAAUCGGGCGAUGUCCAUUGCCAAACCUAAUGAUUCACCGUACUAUAUUGGGUUGGAUAUGGUAUUGGAGAAUCCAUAUGAUAGAAUGGAUAAUCCGGAUGGGAUUAUUCAGCUUGGGUUAUCUGAAAAUAGAUUGUGUUUAGAUUUGAUUGAGAAAUGGUUGGCGGAGAAUGUGACAAAUUCUAUAGUGGGAAGAGACGAUGGAGAUCUGAAUAUUAAUGGCAUCGCGACUUACCAGCCGUUCGACGGAUUGAUGGAGUUGAAAGUGGCUAUGGCACAUUUCAUGUCAAAGGUCAUGGGAAGAGCAGGGUUGUUUGAUCCAUCACAGAUAGUUUUAACUGCUGGUGCAACUCCUGCAGUUGAGAUUCUAUGCUUCUGCUUGGCAGACCAAGGAAAUGCAUUUCUUGUUCCAACACCAUAUUACCCUGGAUUUGACAGAGAUAUGAGAUGGCGGACAGGAGUGGAACUAAUACCUGUUCACUGCCGCAGCACUGACAAUUUCCUACUAAGUGUUAAUGCCUUUGAACAAGCAUACAAUCAGGCUAGAAAGCGAGGAUUAAAGGUUCGUGGAAUAUUGAUUUCUAAUCCUUGUAAUCCUGUUGGUAAUUUACUGCCGCGGGAAACACUUUGUGAUUUACUAGACUUUGCUCAAGAGAAAAAUAUCCACAUUAUUUCUGAUGAAAUAUUUGCUGGGUCUGUAUAUGGAAACAAUGAAUUUGUGAGCAUGGCACAAAUUCUUGAGGAAGAAGAAUUUGACAAGAACAGGGUUCACAUAAUAUAUGGGCUCUCAAAAGAUCUUUCUCUUCCAGGAUUUAGGGUUGGGGCUAUUUAUUCCUACAACGCAAGUGUUUUGGCUGCAGCUAAAAGGUUAUCUAGAUUUUCUUCUAUUUCUGCUCCCAGCCAGAGGCUACUAGUUUCAAUGCUUUCAGAUAUAGGAUUCAUUGAGGAAUAUAUUGAGACCAAUAUAAGGAGAAUUCGGAAAAUUUAUCAUUUACUUGUUGAAGGUUUCAAGCAAUUAGGAAUCAAGUGUGCAGAAAGCAGUGCUGGCUUAUACUGUUGGGCUGAUAUGGGUGAACUAAUUCCCUCUUACAGUGAGAAAGGGGAACUUGACUUAUGGGAUAAGCUGUUGAAUAUUGCUAAGAUCAAUGUAACUCCUGGGUCGGCAUGCCACUGCAUAGAGCCGGGAUGGUUCCGGUGUUGUUUUACUACUAUAACCCAAGAAGAUAUUCCCGUGGUCAUAGAACGGAUCCGCAGAGUUGCAGAAACUUGUAAAUCUUCCAGUUGAAAUGUGACUCGCACAGUGAAUUCUUUUUUCAGUCUUGAUUGCCUAUAACAUUGCUUUUAGAGAUCUUUUUAACAAUCCCUAAAUGGAGAUGUUCAGAUACUGAAUUGAUGGUAACUUCAAAUUCAGAUUUCUUGUUCUAUCACAAUUCAAGUAUUUAACUCAUGGUUACAUUCUGGAAGUUGUAAAAUGUUCACAUCACUAGAAGUUGAAAGCUCAAACAGAUUAUUUUUGUAACACGAGAUUGAGCUAUAUCAGUUUCAGUCUUAAAAGAUGGUGUCUCUUCCUCUGUGAUCCUUCAAUAAUUCUGAUGCCAGCACCAAAGAGGCAGCAGCCAAAAGCUUUAUUAUUUAUAAAUUCCUGUCACAGGUGCAAUGAAGCUAGAGUUAGAGUUGUUUUUUAAUCUUGUACAGAAAAUAUCAGAUCAUUAAUAACAUGAUUUUGUUUAA